UUUAAUACAUCCGCCGUGUCCACGAAAUCGAAAAACCGACAUUUUCAGUUAAAUUGAGGCAUUUUUUGUGCCGCGCAGGUUAUCAGAAGUACCAUUGUAAUCAUAUGUUUAGUCUAUGAAACUCAAGGAAAAUCAGGGAUUUUGAAAAACUGAAAUUUGUGUCAGGAGUCAAGAUGUUGAUAGAGAAUGUGGACGCUUUGAAACAGUGGCUCGUGCAGAAACUGUCGCCGAUUUGUGAUGCUGAGCCAACUGCCUUAGCAAAGUAUGUCUGUGCUUUAGUGCGCAAAGACAAACCAGAGACUGAACUGAGGGACAUCUGUAAUGAUCAACUUGAUGUCUUUUUGCAACAAAAAACAAAGCCAUUUGUGGAUGACCUCUUUGAAGGCCUCAGGACCAAAGUGUAUGAAGCCCAUAUUGCUAAAUCAGCUGCCCCUAAUCUUUCCACAACAUCAACACCACUUGCCACACCUGCUGUUACCCCAUCAGUGACACCAACAAAAGUGGAACCAGUUCCAGUUAAGAAUGAGCCUUUGCCAGCAAGGGCUGACGCACUGUCGCCUAUACGAAAUGCUUCACAACCAGUCAGUGCUAGCUCUUCACAGUCCAAAGCAACAAACAGUGAUUCCAACAGCAGUGUUGGUAGGCGAGGCAAACGAAUAGAAGAUGGAUCACAGUUAUGGCUACCCCAGACAGUCAAGAUGGAACCUGCAGUUGAAAAUAAGGAUCACCGUGGUGAAAAUCGAGAUGCUAGAGAAAAUCGAGAGAGAGAAGUUGGUAGGGAGGAUCGAGAACGCCGUGACAGUGACAGGCGAGACAUGGAUCGAUAUGAGGCUGAUAAACGUGAAAAUGAUCGGCGAGAUAAUGACAGGCGUGAUCUUCGAGACAGUAGAGACAGAAGGCGUCGGUCCCGCAGCAGGAGUUCAAGCCCUCGACGUGGUCGUGAAAUGGAAGAACGAAGGCGGAGGUAUGAUGACAGAAGUCGGUACUCUCCGGAGAGACGCUAUUCUCCUGACCGAAGAUACCGCCGACGUAGUAGUAGAUCCCGCAGUCCUCGUCGAUACAGAAUCUCUCCAGACCGUGUCAGGGGAAGGUCUCGUAGCCCCAGGGAAAGGGAUUUGCGUGAAAAACUGAAUCGUCAUUCACGAUCCUGGAGUCGGCCUAGGUCAAGAAGCAGGUCACUUUCUCGUCCCCGAAUUGGUAUGGACCCAGACAGUCGAGGGUCUACACCCACACAGGAUAACGGUCAUUAUCCAGCAGUGGUCACCUCAAAUUCCUCCCUGCCAAGCAUGAUUGCAGUACCUCUUAAACCAUCAGAACCUCCACCGCCUGGGGAGGGUCCUCCAUUGCUAAUUCCUAGGCCAGGAGGGCCACCUGGUGCAGGUCAAGCUCGAAUGAGGUGCCAGAACUUUGAUGAGAAAGGUUUCUGCAUGUUGGGUGACUUGUGUCCCUAUGACCAUGGCAUGGAUCCUGUGGUGGUAGAAGACAUUGGUAUUCCUAAUGUCUUGCCCUUUCCACCUGUUCCACCAGGGCACCCCUUACCACCACCUCCAGUAUCAGUAGCAAUUAAUGUUCCACCACCACGGCUGGGUUACUUGCCCCCACGUAUGCACCUACCACCACCUGGGCCUGGAGGUGAUCCACGUAUGAUGGCUGUCAGGCCUAAUUUACCACCAAGACCCCCUCUGCCACAGGUCCCAGAUCCUGCAGAAGGCUAUAAUCCAGAGGCUCCAGCAAUGACUGGCCCUCCCCCAGCACCACAGCCAUUCUGGACAUCACCACCCCCGGGGCUAUUCCCGCCCACAACCAAGAAUACCCCACCCCCUCUACCUGUCCGUCAGCGAGACCUUGUUGCGGUACCUACUUUGUUAGAUGAAGCAGAGGAUGCAGCAAAAGAAAGGAACUCCCCUACACCCGCUGCCUCACGAAUUGUCAUUCCUGCCAAGCGCACUCAUUCAGAAAUGGAGGAUGCCACCACAAGGAUUGUGCAGCGAACCCACUUUAACCCUCGUCAUAGCUUUGGGCAUGUGGGUGGGAAAAAACCUUUUGACUUCAAUCGCCUUGGUGGUUUUAACAGGCAGCAGUUCAAGCAUGAAAACUUGACUCUAGAAGUGCGCAAAAUACCUGUUGAAUUUAACAAUAUUGCAAAACUCAAUGAGCACUUUGGCAAAUUUGGCACUCUGACUAAUAUACAGGUCAGCUAUAAUAAUGAUCCCUCUGCAGCCCUGAUUUCUUUUUCCAAAAAUGAGGAAGCAUCCCGGGCCUACUUUAGUAGUGAACCUGUCUUUAACAAUCGUUUCAUCAAGCUCUUCUGGCAUCGUCCUUCUGCAGGCGAUGCAAAAGACAUGAGUGCAAGUGGUGGUGGUGGUGGGGUGAUCAGAUUGUCAUCCUCUGAAGCAGUCACCAGCACAUCUCAAGAUGGUGGGGCACGCCUUAAUAUGUUUGGUCGCAUGGGUAUGCCUGGAGCACACAAGAUGUCUCUUAAUAACAUGGCCAAGUCAGCACAGCAUAAUAUGUCAGAAAAGAGCAUUGUGUACACCACUUCCAUGGGCAACUUAAAGAAGACCGUGUUCAAUCAACAGGUUAACAGGGCACGGUCAGCAGUCGCCCCUAUUACCAGUCCUACUGCUGUAAAGACUGCUGACUUUGUUACACGCAUUGAAGCGAUCAAAAAGAAUGAGGAACUGAAAAAAGAAGCUAUGGAGAAGAAGGCUGAACUUGAGAAACAAAAGCAAAUUCUUUUGGAAAAGCAUAUUGCGGACCAAAAGACAUUGAUUGAAAAGUUGGAAAAGGGCAAGACAACAUUAUUACCAGAAGAAAAAAGUAAUAUUAUGAAGCAGAUGUUAAAAGUUGUCUCGGAUAGCAUCGACAAGCUCAAGUUCGGCAACCAACCAACUAAGAAAGUACUUCAUCCAGGCUCUCAUAAGCUUGUGAAAACCUCAUCAACCAGCCCUAUGUCUCCAAGUCCACCAAGUUCAAAUUUGCAGCAGACCAAGAAAGAAAUACUGGACACAGAGCUAGAGCUUAUCACAAAACAGAGUUCUGGGGAGGAUACCUCGGCUCUGCGUCUGCGUCUUAUGGAGCUGACGCAACAACAGCAGUCUGAUCCUUUGUCUUUCCAGGCUGCCUCCAUGGGUUUGCUGGGAAAGGGCAGGGGCAGAGGUCGAGGGUCAUCACCAUGGAUGCGAGGCAGAGGACGUGGUAGAGGAAGAACUGGUAGCAUGACACUUGACAAUCGUCCCAAGACUUUGGAAGUUCGAGGUUUUGAUCUUGAAGAAGUGGAAGAAGUGAAAGCACAUUUUUCUUCCUUUGGUGAGAUUGUCCAAUCAAAGGUCAAAGAAGAUAUCCCUUGUGCUAUACUGACCUUCUUCACCAGGAAACAGGCAGAGCAGGCCUAUUCAAUGGGAAGCAAGUUCAAAAAGAAGGUACUGAAUCUUCACUGGCAUCUGGGAGUUGUGAGGACAGUCAGCUCUGAAAGUAUUGAGGAGCCCAACGAUGAUGAAGAGGAAGAAGAGUUUUGUCUCCAGACUCAGGUAACCAUUAGCAAAGAGGAGGAUAUAGAUGAACAGCUGCUGCUUGCUCCUGAUGAAGAAGAGGAGGAAGACCAGGAAAGCCGGUCGUGGCGUCGGUGAUAGGAAAACAAGAUCAAGAAGAAGUUUAACCAGGAGCACGAGACUCCCAGCAUGCAGCACAAGAUCUUUGCUUAGAGCAAAAUCCACUUCAUUGAGUUAAUGUAAACUGGAGAGGUUUUGAUUGUAUCCCUGUCCCUAGACUCUGCUAUCAUUUUUGCGGCUCUUACCAUAAACAAGUAUGUGUGUGUGCGCAUGUGUGAGGUUUUUUUAAUUUUCCUAAAAUUUGACUGACUGGUUUGUCAUGUGCACAUGUAAAACAAAAAGUAGCUUGAUAUAAUGUAUGAACACAUACCAGAUAAAAACAUUAGAAAGUUAUGGCAUUGCUAACAGUUGAUUUGCUUCUAGGAAAGGUUUUAAUUACUUUAAAAAAAAUUGGGGUCAUUAAACAGUUCUGGUCUGCUUUUUGUAUGCUGCUGGACACUAUGGCAGGACAAGAUUUCAUUUUACCAAGUUUAUCUUAGCAGAGGGAGCUUUAAAGUUGUUCAUAAUACUGUCCUAAGAUUCUAAGAUUAUAUAAUUUAUUUGUAUGUCUAAUUAUGAAAACUAGUUUGUAGUAUGACAUUUCUCAUGAUAGAACAUUCAUCUGGUUAAAAAGAGCAAAAGUCCUUUCUUGUGCAACAUUACUAAUCUCACGCAGGAAUCUGCAGGUGAAUGGAACAUAUAUUGUAGUUUGUGUGCACAUUUUCUCUUUGUACCAUUCACUUUGUUCAUAGGCAGCAGAGUGAUAUAGAGACCGCUAGUGUAUGAACAUGUGUAUUCAUAUGAAUGCAAGUAAUAUAGCACAACGCUGAGCAGACAAUAUGCUUGCAAUAUGAGGCGUGUUGAUUUCUAGGGUAUUUUGUGUUUGUAACAGCAAUGGUAUUUUGGUAAUAUGUGCUUCCCCACCCCUCCUCAUCUGGAAGCAGUCACAGAAGUUAAUAAGUUGUGUUGCAUUUUUAAGACAAGUAAUGUAGUAAAUAUUAAUCUACAGUGUCAAAAUAUGUUGUUUCUGGCAAAAUAUUUACUUACUGUUCACUUGAAUGCUGUUGACUAUUACUCAAAUGUCUCUCUUUUAUAGAUUUCUUUGUUACUAAUUGACAUUGAGCCAUACAAUGUAUGAGAGAACUUUUCUUGUAUAUGAGGUGUUUUAUGUCUUGUGCUUUAUUGUCAGAGAAUGCCACUUUGCUACUGCUCUGAUGUUUAAAGGAAUUGGAAAAAAAGAACAUAGAACAAAAGGGGGAAUCAAAAGAUGGAAAAAGAAAAAGACCUGAAACAAUCAUGUUGAAAAAAAAAAAAAAAUGAAAUCGUAAAAAAGGGUAUCAGAGCAGUACAAAAGUUAAUUCUGUUUGACAGUUGCCCCCCUCUGAUGAAAAAAAAAUUGUUUGAAAAAAAAAAAGCUGAAAAAGAAAAAAAUGCAAUAAAUCUAAAGAUGUGGUGAUGUGCACACCACCAA